CACGAAAAGAAGUAGAGAAAAAUAGGAUUAAACAUGGCAGACAAGCAGGCAACAGUCUACGUAAUAGACCUCGGCCCUACCCUCUCCCGUGUGCACCCCUCGCGGGGUGAAUGCGACCUGGACUAUGCCCUCACCUACAUCUGGGACAAAAUCACCGCGACCAUGUCCACGGGCCGGAAAACUGAUGUGAUUGGCGUGGUAGGCUUCCGCACUGAGAACACUGACAACGCCAUGGCCACUGCGGACGGCUACGAGAACAUAUGUGUUCUAGCACCGAUCUCCCAGUUUCUGCUGGAUCACCUGAGGGAUUUAAAGCGGGCUCUUGUGCCUAGUCGCGGGAAGGGGAAGGGGGGGGAUGGGUUUUCCGCUAUUUGUAUCGCCGUGGAUAUGAUUAUGAGGUAUUGUCGGAAGUUAAAGUAUAUUAGGAAUAUCGUGCUUGUGACAGAUGGACGGGGGGAGUGGGAUGAUGAAGGGUGUGAGGAUAUUGUCGGGCAGAUUCAGGAGGAGGGGAUUAAUCUUACGGCGUUGGGUGUGGAUUUCGAUGAUGAGGAGUAUGGUUUUGUAGAGGAGGGGAAGGUUCCCAAGAAGGCGCGGAAUGAGAAAGUUAUCAAAAAAAUGGUUGAAGCAUGCAAUGAAGGUGGCCAGGAGUUAGGUAUCUUUGGCACACUUGCAGAGGCUAUAUCCGAACUUGGGAAACCACGGCUAAAGAAGAUUCGCCCGAAGCGUUUGAGACCGCUUUCUCCAUCAACGUCGAGCGAUAUCCUCGCACUGCUAUCGCGAAACCCAUCAGUGCGAGCUCCUAUACUACCAAAACUGAGAGGCUGGGAUCCGGUGAAUGCCAGGGCGUAUCAAAUCGAGGACGGCACGACCGCUGGAGGAAUGAUGGAUAUCGAAAAAGAGCAAAUGGAAAAGGGAUAUAAUUACGGCAGAACGAUUGUGCCGAUCAGUGCCACUGAUGAAGCUAUCACGGUUUUAGAGACAGAACCUGGGUUACGAAUCAUUGGGUUUGUGCCCGUGGAGAAAUACAGGAGGUAUUUUAGCAUGUCUACAACGAACGCCAUUGUUGGAGCGAAGGAUAAUCUUAAGGCUUCUAUGGCAUUGUCGUCGCUCAUUCAUGCGCUUUUCGAAUUGGAGUCUCUCAUUGAUGUUCAAGUUCCGUUCUCUGAGGAUGUCCGGCAUUAUAGGUUUCCACCAUUGGACAAGGUAAAGACUGUUUCUGGAAAGGUUUUGGAAAAGCAUCGUUUUCUCCCAACGCCACACGUCGAGAAGUUGAUGAGCGACUACGUUGACAAAAUGGACCUGAUGGUAGCAAAUGAAGAUGAAGGCGAGCCCGAAUACGCCACAGUGGACGAAACGUUCUCGCCCAUUCUCCAUAGGAUAAACCAGAUCGUGAGGUGGAGAGCUGUCCACCCGGACGAGCCAUUACCACUAGCACACGAUAUCCUAACUAAGUAUAGUUACCCACCAAAAACCCUCCUCGGAGUCUCAACCAACGCCCUGCAAAAAUUAAUCGAAGCCAGCGAUGUUAAAAGGGUAGACCCUAAACUCGCUGGCCGAAAGCGCGGCCGUGAGCAGCCUGCCCCCAAAUCCGGACUAGACGUUGAAGCCCUCCUCACCUCUGCUGCUCCUUCAGUUCCCAAGAAGGCAAAGAUAUCAUCAGCAAACCCGAUCCCGGAUUUUAAGAAUAAGCUGCGGACGACGGAAGAUCUGUCCGAUCUCAAGGAGGCAGGGAAGGAGAUGCUAGCUGUGCUGAAAGAACUCAUCAAGUACUCCCUAGCUGACGCGAAUUACGGCCGUGUAUGUGAGAUUUUAAAGGUUAUGAGGGAGGAGUAUAUUGAGUAUGAUGAGCCUGGGAUAUAUAAUAUAGUUUUGCAGCGUUUGAAGGAGGCCAUAGUUUCCGAGGAAUUGGAUGGGGAUAGGAUGGAGUGUUGGGAUGGGAUCCGGUAUAACAGGUUGGGGUUGAUUACAAAAGGGGAAAGUGAGCGAGUGGAGGUUGAUGAUGCGGCGGCACGGAGGUUUCUUUGGGGUUGAAAAGCUGGCUUGGAGGAGUUUGUGUUGAAACAUUUCCUAUGAUAACGUUAGGUAGUUGAGAUACAUAGCCCAAGAUGCUUCAAAUUUUUCCAGUCUAUG